UCCAGCUCGCAGCAGGCGGGAGACGUGUAAGUCAAAGGUCCCUCAGCCCCAUCUCCGGGUCAGCAUCAAGGUCUCUCCAAGGACACUGAGAUGAAGACAGCAGAGGAGCCAGCCCCGAAUCUUGGGCAGACCCUGGAGUGGCUGAGAAAGGAACUGGCUGAGAUGCAGAUCCAAGACCAGAAGCUCCUGCUCACACUGAGGCACCUGCACAGCGUCCUGGAGGAGCUGCGUUCUGAGAGUGCCCACUGGGAGGACUCCAGGUCCAGCGGAGGGGCAUCACCUAUCAGAGCUCGAGCAGGCUCCGAAGGCAGGGGUCACCCUCCCAUGUCAUCCAGGCGGCUGGCCCAGCUCCUCCAAGGGGUAGAUAGCAGGCGAAGCUCCCUUCCUUAACUGGCUAGAGGUGACCGUGGUCUUGAACCCCCCUACCACUAGUCUAAGUUUUGUGAUGUUGUUGGGGGAGAGCACUGGAAUGGGAGUCAGGGAGUCCCUAGUUUAACUUCCGCCCUCAUCCACUGAGUGUUCCUGGGUGCCCCUGGA